AUGUUCCGAUCAGAAGCUCAUUUUUUGAUGCUAGCUAAUUUGCGAUUUCUCGAACUGCAAAAGUUGCUAUUGAAUAGAUUUCAGACAUUUAAAAAUGAAGAAAUAAGAAUAUUGAAAAAAGAUAAGAUGAAAGAAAUAUUAUAUGAAUGGGCUAAAUUUUUAACGAAAGAAAAGAAAAAGACUAAUAUAACAAGUAUUCCGCAGGACGUGCUACAAAAUAAAAAGGUUAUCGAAAUAUUGAAGGAGGAUAUUGAUUGUAAAUGGCUAGUCAAUAAAAUAAAUAUAAAAACUAAUAAACGCGAUUACAAAGUAGAAGAAGACAUACAACAAAAUGCCACGAAUGAAUUGAAAAAAAUAGACAAUCUUCACUUUGAUGAAUACCCAGAAUUAUUUUAUUAUGAAUAUCCUCAAUUCCCUUAUAAUUAUUAUGAUAAAAAGAAGAUGAGUAGUUUUUAUUCCCUUAUAAAAUUUCCAUAUAAUGAUAUCUUAAACAUUUCGAGAAGAAUUAAAAGUAGUAGUUCAAUAGAAGAUGAAGAAGUGAUUAGGUGGAAGGAACAUAAGGAGGAGGUACAACAGAAUUAUGAUCAUAGUAUUGUUAAGAAACAGCUUAAUGAUAAUCUUGAUGUGACUAAAAAUGAAGACGAAGAUGUUUUGCAAAAAUUACCUGAACAGCAAGGUGAAAGUGUUGUAAACUACUCGAGCAGUAGUUACAUUUACGCUCCAUCAGAAAUGGACACAUCGAAGGAGAAAUAUUUCUGA